AUGUUCUUACGCAGAAUCUUCUUGCCAACAACGCCCACUCUUUCUCUCUCUCUCUCUCUCUCUCUCUAUCUCUCUCUCUCUCUCAUUUGUCUCAUUAUCCCCUCCUCCCAAGAAAUGACUUCCCUUUCAUCAUUUUCCGUUCAUUCUCUUUUUAAACGAUCUUGCUUUAUUCUUCCCGUUUUUAUUUACUUCUCUUUUGACCUUUCUUUUCUUUUUUCUUUCUUUCAUUUGCUUUCAGUCUAUCUUUCUAUAACAUUUUCUCUCUUUCUGUCUGUCUGUUUUUUUUUAUUGUUUUUUUUCAUGCAGUUUAUUUUUACUUUCUUAUCUAUACUUCUCUUUCUCUUCAUUUCGUUUACCAAACAUCUUUCUCUCCCUCUCUCUCUCUUUCCUUCUCUCUUUCUUUCUCUGGCUCUCUUUUUUCUCUCUCUUUCUUUUUCUUUCAUUCUUUCUUUCUUUCUCUGGCUCCCUUUCUUUUUUCUUUCAUUUUUAAUUAUUUUCUUUCUAUUCUCUUUCUUUUCAUUCCGUCUGCUAAGCGUCUUACCCCCCCCUCUCUCUCUCUCUUUUUCUUUUCUUUUUUUGAUUGUUUUAACAUUCCGUCUACCUAACAUAUUCUUCAUUUUCCAUUCUCUCUCUUUCUUCCUUUCUCCCUCUCUCUGUCUAUCUCUUUCUAUUUUUAACAUUUUUAUUUCUUUUCUCUGUCUCUCCAUUCCGUCUACCUAG